AAGCACUUCACCUGCUGCAUUCCUCCCUCCACAUAUUCCCUUGGGGCGGUGGCAUCAUCGUAUCUGGACUCGCCGACUUGCAAACUAGUCGUCACCACAUGAGCAACGCCAUGCCACAUGCCAUGCGGACAGGCAGACAGCUGAAAGAUGCAGCAGAGGCAUAUACGGACAAGUGCAGACCUACGGCAUUCGAACUCCUAGGAGCCAGAGAUCCCUGCCUCCAUCAAGUCAAAGAGGCUCCGAAGGAUACAGAGAAUACGACGACGAUGAAGAGACAACUGAAAGGAUCUACCCGCCUUCCUCUACGAUGAUUUUUCUCCGUCCGUUGGGUGAGCACUUCUACCGCGCCUCUUCCUCCACCAUCGUCCACAUCAUCCUCACCCAUCCUCCGUCGGCGUUUUCCCAAGAAAAGAUCAAAAUAGGAAAAUACAGCGCUGCGAUUCGCUGGGAAUUUCGGGGAUGCAUUUUGUGUGCCAGGGAGGGUAACGCCAACCGAGGACACAGCUCAAUCUCUGACAAGCUCCGCACAUCUCUUGAAGUCUUGACUCUUUGGCCCCCCCGUCUCCGCAGAUACAUGAAACAUCCCAACGGACCGGGGGCUGGUUUCCGUUGGACGGUUUGGACUUGCGCGUUGACUUGCGUUGACUUGCGUAACCCUACGUUAAACCAACGUAAACCUACGCAAAUAUGCUCUGCGCUUGUUCGUUGUUCGUUCGUUCCUCUCUCGAGUCUCGAGUCUCGAGUCUCUGCGCCGUCAUUCGAUCGAAUGAGUAAUGGCCACUAAAACACGGAGUUCCCAAGGGAAACACACAUCCCAUCACCAUCCCGUCCCGUGUCCCUCCCUCGCUCUCUCCCGCUCUCCUCGCGGGCAUCGAACCUCCUCCCGUCUCG